UGUGUGUGUGUGUGUUGUGCAGAGCGCGUGCAGGCUGUGAGAGUGAGAGAGGGGGAAAGUUUGUAAGGAGUUUAAACAGUUGGUAAAGCGGUUGUUUCUCCGGCUGUAGGUGAGCAGUGCAGCCCGCAGAGAAGCUCUGAGAGCCGGGGAGGGAGUGCGGGAGUUCUCGCUGUUGGUUUCUGGUCGCUGGAGGUCUGUUUUCUCUGGAGGUGCAGCAGCAGGGAGGGAUGUGCUGCCCGGACUGAGCGCGCAGGGCAGCGGGACUGCUGCUGGUGUAUAUAGUAUACUCUGUGUAUAAGUGAGUUUAUUAGUUAUUGAGGCUGGAGGUGCGCGGGGGACCAGGUGAUGAGGAGUGAGCGGAGCCCGGGCUGAGCGCAGAGGGCUGGUCGGGCUGAGAGAGAGCGGGAGGAGAGAGCGGGGGAGCGGGGGAGAGAUGCCUGGUUACCCCGGGGCUAGAGACUGGACCUGACUCACACUGAGCUCAGACUACAUCAGCCAUGGCCUCGGAGGUGGUGUGUGGACUCAUCUUCAGACUCCUGCUGCCCGUGUGUCUCGCUGCAGCAUGUCUGUUCCGGUACAACUUGCUGUCCUUCGUCUACCUCAUCUACCUCCUGCUCAUCCCGCUGUUUGCAGAGCCCACAAAGACAACAAUGCAAGGCCACACGGGUCGCUUGCUGAAAUCCCUGUGCUUCACCAGUCUGACGUUUCUGCUGCUUCACAUCGUCUAUCAGAUCACCAUCAACAGCCUGUUAGCAGGAGACAACAUCGAGCCCGACUUCAACUGUUCAUCGUGGGAGAAGUCAAUAAGACAGCUGGGCUUUGAAAGUGUUCGUGGGGCAGAUGCAGGGAAUGGCAUCCGGGUGUUUAUUCCAGACAUUGGCAUGUUCAUCGCUGGUCUGGUUACGUGGCUCCUGUGCCGCAGUCUGGAGAAGCCUCCAGUAAAGGACAUCUCACAGCUCAACACUGACUUCGAAACUGACAACCAGGAGCAGGAGGAUGAGGAGGAAGAGGAGGAGAUUAAAGAGGAGAAGCUGGAGCUGGAGGACGACCUGCUCUUUGAGGAAGACUCAGAGCCGGUCGAUAUAGACUGUGAACUUCCAGGUGAAGAAGAGGAUUUGGAGCAGGAAGAGCUAGAGGCCCUGCAGGAGGAGGAAGAGGAAGAGAGCACCAAGAUGAAGAUCCUGCGGCAGAUAGCGGCUGUGGCUUCUAAAGUCAAAGAAAUCAUCGGAGAUCUGAUUACGACUGCAGGGAAAGUGGUCGUAACUAUAUUACUGGGCCUCACAGGCAUCAUGCUGCCCUCCCUCACCUCCACAGUUUACUUCUUCACCUUCCUGGGCCUGUGCACCUGGUGGUCUUUCUGCCGCUCAUUCGACCCCCUGCUCUUCAGCUGCCUGUGCGUGCUGAUGGCCAUCUUCAGUGCAGGACACCUCAUUGUGCUCUACCUCUACCAGUUCCAGUUCUUCCAGGAAGCUGUUCCACGGGAAGAUAACUAUGCCAAGUUGUUUGGCAUCUCUCCAGUGGUGAUGAGUAACUGCUCUCACACUUGGAUGUUUGAGGUGAACCCUAAGCUGGAGUGGCAUCACUUUGUUAACCCCAUCAUGCUCCUGGUGCUGUACUACACACUGGCCACACUUGUGCGCUUGUGGCUGCAGGAGUCAGAGGAUACGCAGAUGAAGGAGAAAGAUGAUGAUGAUGAUGAUGAAGGUGAAGGAGAGGUGGAGCAGGAGCUUUCUGAAAACAUGAAAAUCCACCAGACAGCAGAGAAAAAGAGAGAAAUAUGGAGGAUGGCACAUUAUCGCACAGAUGAAAAAAAUGUAUUGAUUGUGACGUCCAACGGAGGCCCAGUGGAUCUGAUGUCUUUAUCGCAUGAGAACGGCCCAGUAACUCCAGAACUCUACUCCACUCCUCACUACAAAGCAGGCCUGGCUGAGUCUGGAUCAGAGAGAAUGGACAGCAGUAUGUAUGAGAUCGACCCAGUGCAGGAUGAGCUUCCCGGAGCACUAAGUUCACCAGAGAAGGCCGAGCGAGUGAACGCGGUGGUCAAGACCUUCCGAUUCAUCAUGAAGCAAAGCUACAUCUGUGCCCUCAUCGCCAUGAUGGCCUGGAGCAUCACAUAUGUAAGCUGGCUGACCUUUGUCUUCCUCAUCUGGUCGUGUACACUGUGGAUGGUGCGGGACAGGAGGAAGUACGCCAUGCUCACCUCUCCCUUCAUGGUGUUUUAUGGGAAUUUGCUGAUUGUGCUGCAGUACAUCUGGAGCUUCGAGACUCUUACUCCAGUACCAGGCCUGUUUCUAAAGAAGGAGGUGCCCUUCAGGGAGCUGGGCUCUAAGAUACUGUGUCUUCUGAGUUUCUGGCUCUUGCUAAGACAAGCUCUGACUGAGAGGAGGGAGAGACAGAGAGAUGAAACACAGCUAUCUGAUAUCAGGGUGGAGGACUGCUCUCCGGAGAAGGAAAUGGAGGAGGAGCCUGGAGAACAGAGGGAGAUGAUGGACGUGUUGGGCAGUACAGUGAUGGCCAUGCUGAAUAAGUACUGGAUCUACAUCUGUGGAGGAAUGUUCUUCUUCGUCAGCUUCGAGGGACGCAUCGUCAUGUACAAGAUCAUCUACAUGAUGAUGUUCCUCUUCUGUGUAGCUCUUUAUCAGGUGCACUAUGAGAGGUGGAGAUGGAUGCUGAAAUACUUCUGGAUGUCCAUUGUGGUUUACACCAUGCUGGUGCUCAUACUCAUCUACACCUUCCAGUUUGAAUCAUCCAUCCAUGUCUGGUCCAAUAUGACGGGCCUGAGCAAAGAAAAGUUGGAAGAUCUAGGGCUGGAGCAAUUCUCUGUCGCUGCUCUGUUCACACGGAUCUUUAUACCCACCUCCUUCCUGCUGGUGUGUAUUCUACACCUGCACUACUUCCACGAUCGUUUCCUGCAGCUCACUGACAUCAAAUCAGUGGCAGACAAGCAGAAAAGUACCAUCUCCAGGCUUGUACAUCUCGAUGGCAGUCUGGCAGACAUCUCCAUGAUAAAACCAGAGUUUAAUGCCUCUGUUAAAGAGGAGGAAAUGGGUGACAGGGUGGAGCUGGAUGAGGAUGAGGAAGAUGUGAAGAAGAAGGCAGAAGAAGUUGAAGAAGUUAAUGAUGUUUACUGCAAGACAGCAACGUUCACCUGCCACAUAGCACCAGCACCAGCUCCAGAACCCGUCUGCAAAGACGAUUUGAAGAAUAAGUGGCACCUGGUGGUGGACCGCUUGACUGUGCUGUUUCUGAAGUUCCUCCAGUGUAUCCAUCAGCUGCAGCUCUUCAUCUGGUGGCUCCUGGAGCUCCACGUCAUAAAGAUCGUCUCCUCCUAUAUCAUCUGGGUCUCUGUCAAAGAGGUGUCUCUCUUCAACUAUGUAUUUCUGGUGAGCUGGGCCUUCGCUCUGCCCUUCAGCCAGUUUCGCCCGCUGGCCUCCAGCGUCUGCACGGUCUGGACCUGCGUCAUCAUCGUCUGCAAGAUGCUCUACCAGCUCACCUCCAUCCAGCCUGAAACCUACUCCAAGAUCUGCUCUAUGCCUCAUAACUAUACAGAGCUUCAGAGGAUAGACAUGAACAACUCCACCCUCUACAGCAGCCCGGUGGACCCCGCCAACUGGGUCGGUCUUAAGAAGUUCUCUCCUUUACUGGAGAACCUAAGGAAUAAUUUACUGAUGCUGGCUCUGCUGGCGUUUGAGGUGACCGUCUACCGCCAUCAGGAUUUCUACCGCAUGAGGAACAACCUGACUGCUCCUGUCAGCAGAACAAUCUUCCACAACAUCACCCGACAGCACCUCGACGACGGCAUCGUCAACUGCGCCAAAUACUUCAUCAACUACUUCUUCUACAAGUUUGGCCUAGAGACCUGCUUCCUCCUAGCGGUGAACGUGAUUGGUCAGCGGAUGGACUUUUGUGCCAUGUUCCAUGCGUUUGGGCUGAUCGCAGUGCUGUACCAGCGCAGGAGGAAGGCCAUCGCUCUGGUCUGGCCGAAAUACUGCUGCUUCCUGGCCUGCAUGCUUACCUUCCAGUACCUGAUAUGCAUCGGCAUCCCACCAGCAGCUUGCUCAGACUACCCUUGGAGAAAUCCUUCAUCCAGUAUGGACUCCAAUGUGGUAAAGUGGCUCUACCUGCCCGACUUCCGUACCAAGCCCAACUCUCUAUUUCUUCUCUAUGACUUUAUGUUGCUGCUAUGUGCAUCACUGCAGAGGCGUGUGUUUGAGGAGGAAGAUGACUCUGCAGUGCGUUUACUGGCUGGUGAUAAUGUGGAAAUCUGCAGGGACUUGGACGCUGCCUCCUUCAGCCAGCAUAACCCCGUCCCUGACUUUAUUCACUGCAGGUCGUAUCUGGAUAUGCUGAAGGUGAUCAUGUUCAGCUAUCUGUUCUGGUUUGUCCUCACCAUUAUCUUCAUCACUGGAACAACACGUAUCAGCAUAUUCUGCAUGGGCUAUCUGGUGGCCUGUUUCUACUUCCUGCUCUUCGGAGGAGAGCUGCUGCUUAAACCAAUCAAAAGCAUCCUGCACUACUGGGAUUUCCUCAUUGCGUACAAUGUGUUCGUCAUCACCAUGAAGAACAUCCUUUCAAUAGCUGCCUGUGGAUAUAUUAAAGCUCUGGUGACCAAUCACUGCUGGCUGAUCCAGCUCUUCAGUCUGGCUUGCACUAUAAAAGGCUACUCACGACCGGAGCAGCAGGCCAAUAAGCAGUGUGAGCUGCCCAGUGACGAGGCGGGCAUCAUCUGGGACAGCAUCUGCUUCGCCUCCCUGCUGCUGCAGAGACGCGUCUUUAUGAGCUAUUACUUCCUACACGUGGUGGCUGAUAUCCGCUCCUCGCAAGUCCUGGCUUCCAGAGGAGCAGAGUUGUUCCAGGCCACCAUAGUGAAGGCAGUGAAAGCAAGAAUUGAAGAGGAGAAGAAAUCUAUGGACCUGCUGAAGAGACAGAUGGACCGCAUUAAGAGCCGGCAGCAGAAGUUUAAGAGGGGAAAGGAGAGGAUGUUGAGUUUGGCUCAGGAAAGCAGCGAGGGCCACUCACUGGCCAAGGAGGAAGAGGAGGAAGAGGAAGGAGAGGCGAGUAAAGAAACAAAUAAAGGCAAAAGGAAGCAGUGGUGGAGACCCUGGGUGGAUCAUGCUUCUAUGGUGAGGAGUGGGAAUUAUUACUUAUUCGAGACAGACAGUGAAGAGGAAGAAGAAGAAGAAGACAAAAAAGAGGAAGACCCGCCUAAAAGAUCUGCUUUUCAAUUUGUGUAUCAUGCAUGGAUUACUGACUCCAAAACAGCCAUGAAGGAGCGCAGCAAGGAGAGACGGAGAUUCUGGCAGAGAUACACAGAGGGACGCAAAACCAAGAAGGACCAGCGGGAAGCAGCUCAUGUAACCAUUGAGGUAGGAGAUCAGGAAGAAGAAACACUAGAAGAAGCGAGAUCAGAUGGUCCCGAUAACAUCCUUAAACGUGUGUUUAACAUAGUGAAGUUCUCCUGGGUUCUGUUCCUGGCUCUGCUGGACAGUUUCACUGCCUGGGUCAACUCCAUGUGCCAGGAGCACAUCGACAUCUCCACCGUACUGCGCAUCGAGCGCUGCAUGCUCACCCACGAGGUCAAAAAGGGGAACAUCCCGUCACGCGAGAGCAUUCACAUGCACUACCAGAGGCAGAUGUGCAGAGCUGCUUCCUCUGAGUGUGUUCUGGAGGAAGGGACAGAGGAGCUUCAGUCUCAGACCAGUUUAAUCCCAGCACUGCACCAACAGCAGCAGGAGCUGGGACUGGACAGCAUGGACUCUGCCCCCACAGGAGACAGCCUGUCCAGUGUGUACACUGAGUCCACACUGCUCUACAGUCAGUCCACACUGGAGUCCAGUGACCAAGUGCCCAGGACCAGUGAGCGCUCCCGACCAAAACUCUGCCGCCUGCCAGGCCUGGAGCUGUCCUCAUCCGCAGAGAGUGCAGCCAGCACCGCCCUCAGUGAAAGCACACAGUGCACAGCGCUGUGCUCUCGGCAGGGCACCGGAGACACCAUUGAAGAGCCGGAGGACAUUGAAGAAAGACCUCAACCUUCAGGUAGCAUGUGGACUCCCACCUUAGCCAGCCGGAGGUGCAGCAGUGAGGGUCAGACCCCUGAAGGCGCCUCAGCGUGUGACUGGGACAGUGUGCUAGCAGCAGAGCAGGCCACAUGGCCUCAGCUGAGCAGAUUCCCCUCUGAGGCGGAUAUUCCUCCAUCCUACAGCAGAGCUACAGGACUGGAUACAGUGUGUGAUACAGCACCUCGCUCUGAGCAGAAGAGACUCAGGAUCAACACUCCUGAUGACAGAGACCUGAGUCAGGCAGACAUCACCCUUCCCUCAAUGAGCCACGAGCUCACAGCCAGCGAACUGCUCCGCAACAGGAUGUUCUAUGAUGAGGAGCUGGAAGAGUCUGAGCGCUUCUACAGCUCCCAGCCUCAGAUCCUGCAGCUGUGCUACGCUCUCUACAACAUGCUGGUGGCCCACUCGGAGAUGGUGUGCUACCUGGUCAUCAUCCUUAAUCACAUGAUCUCAGCCUCAGUGGCUACACUGGUCCUGCCCAUCCUCAUCUUCCUGUGGGCCAUGCUGUCCGUGCCCCGGCCCAGCAAACGCUUCUGGAUGACCGCUAUAGUCUACACUGAGGUGACAAUAGUAAUAAAGUACUUUUUUCAGUUCGGAUUCUUUCCCUUCAAUCAAAACAUAGAGCUGGACAAGAGCAAACCGUUCCACCCUCCAAAUAUAAUAGGAGUGGAGAAGAAAGAGGGCUAUGUACAUUAUGACCUGGUGCAGCUGCUGGCACUCUUCUUCCAUCGCUCUAUUCUUAAGUGUCAUGGUUUGUGGGACGAGGACGACCCUAAGGCAGAAGCUAAGACCGCAGCAGCAGCAGCAGCCUGUAACUUUGAUUCGGACAGUGAGGAGAAACCCAGAGUCCGGCCAGAGAGGAGCUCAUACACUCGCGAGACCUCAGUGGAGUCCACACACCUCCGCACGCCCAGAAAACACUCCCACACACUUUCAUCUGUGCGCAGACACAGCUCCAGCGCAGGAUCCCAUGUUUCCCGUCGCUCUGUGGCCUCCAGAGGAGGCAGCACUGGCACUAGGUCGAGUGUGUGUCAUGCAGGCAGUGUGUUGGGUGUCCAGCAGAAGAGUCGAAAAGAGCUUAUUCUGGAGAAACUACGAGAGCAGCUCAUCAAGGCCAAGAAAUUCACAAUCCACACAACCCUGGAGAUCUAUAUUCCAAUCCGCCAGUUUUUCUAUAACCUGAUCCACCCGGAGUACAGCGCAGUGACAGACGUCUAUGUGCUGAUGUUUCUAGCUGACACUGUUGACUUCAUCAUCAUUGUUUUUGGAUUCUGGGCCUUUGGGAAACACUCUGCUGCUGCAGACAUCACGUCCUCUCUGUCUGAGGAUCAGGUACCAGAGGCAUUUCUGGUGAUGGUCCUGAUCCAGUUUGGUACAAUGGUGGUGGAUCGAGCGCUCUAUCUGAGGAAAACCGUUAUGGGGAAGGUCAUCUUCCAGGUCAUUCUGGUGUUUGGCAUCCACUUCUGGAUGUUCUUCAUACUUCCAGGAGUCACUGAGAGGCGUUUCAGUCAGAACAUGGUGGCUCAGCUCUGGUACUUUGUGAAGUGCAUCUACUUCGGCCUGUCAGCUUACCAGAUCCGCUGCGGCUACCCUACACGAGUGCUGGGCAACUUCCUGACCAAGAGCUAUAAUUACGUCAACCUUUUCCUCUUUCAGGGGUUCCGGCUGGUUCCGUUCUUAACAGAGCUGCGGGCCGUGAUGGACUGGGUGUGGACAGACACUACUCUCAGCCUAUCCAGCUGGAUCUGCGUGGAGGACAUCUACGCACAUAUUUUUGUGCUGAAGUGCUGGAGGGAGUCAGAGAAAAGAUAUCCUCAGCCACGAGGGCAGAAGAAGAAGAAGGUGGUAAAGUACGGAAUGGGUGGUAUGAUUGUGAUGUUACUCAUCUGCAUCGUCUGGUUCCCGCUGCUCUUCAUGUCUCUGGUCAAAUCGGUUGCUGGCGUCGUUAACAAACCCCUGGACGUGUCGGUCACCAUCACACUGGGAGGAUUUCAGCCAAUCUUCACAAUGAGUGCUCAGCAGAAUCAGCUCAAGGAUGUAACUGAAGCAGAAUUCUUAAAGUUUAUGAAUUCAUACAACUACAUUCCGGGAGCAAUGCAGUUCUUAGAAGCCUACACUGCUGAGGAUGUGACUGAAGCUGAGCUGGAGGGAAAUUCUAACUCACUGUGGACCAUCAGCCCACCCAGCAGAAAGAGUCUGAUGGAAGUUCUGAGCAAAGAGGACCAGUUUCCUGUCACCAUGUCCUGGACCAUCCAAAGGAACCUCAGUCUUGGAGCAAAGGCAGAAGUCGCCAUGGACAAGCAUGUUACAUACCUAGAUACGAAUACUCGACAGGAGUUAAUCAAUCUGUUGAACGGCACAAGAAACAAGGCUGUAAUAAUAAAAGAAGUCUUCCCCUGUUUUAUACGAGCACCCAGUGACUCUAAUGCAAAACCCAUAGACCAUCUCUAUGGAGACGAUGGGUAUAAGGAUAUCACCUUGGAUCUGAAACGUUCCGAUAACAGCAGUGGUGAAAUCCAGGAGUGGUGGAUCGUGGACCAGCCCUCUGCUGGGAUGAUCGAUAUGAAAUCUGGGGUGAAGACAGAGCAGAAGAGGGAAGCUGGACUGCGGCUGUAUGUCUUUAGUGAUAAAGUCAGUCCUCCCAGCCUGGGCUUCCUCGCUGGCUACGGUAUAAUGGGUCUGUACGCCUCUGUGGUUCUGGUGAUAGGCAAGUUUGUGCGCGAGUUCUUCAGCGGCAUCUCCCACUCCAUCAUGUUCGAGGAGCUGCCUUGUGUGGACCGCAUCCUCAAACUGUGCACCGACAUUUUCCUCGUCCGAGAGACCGGUGAGCUGGAGCUGGAGGAAGACCUGUAUGCUAAGCUCAUCUUCCUCUACCGUUCACCUGAGACCAUGAUCAAGUGGACCAGGGAGAAGACUAAGUGAGCUACGUGAGUUUACGAGGAGAAAAAAGAAGAAAAAGAAGGCGGUGAGAGAGGACACUCCUGCUGAAGCUGCAGUAUGGAAGAACGUGUCCACGUAAAUAGUGCGUUUGUAAGCUUGUGAAUAGGAAAAGGCCUCCCUGAGUGGGGUCUCACUACCUUCAACAAUGUGAUACACAGGCGGAGCUGUUCUACAGUGUAUGUACGUGAAGUACUGACCUGGACCUGGAAAGCCAAUGGAUUGGGAUGUUGUAGCAGCUGCCAGAGACUUGAAAGAGUGAGGCUGGCUUCAGGGCUCAACAGUGCUCUGCUGCCCCCUAUCUGCUUGAAGCUGCUCAGAUGAAAUGCAAUGAUCCCUGGGUUGUGCAAUACACUGUCCUGGUAUCUGGCCGUAAAGACGAAAAGGACAGCAAAAAAAAGGGACAGCAACUGAAAGACACUAGCCACUUUUGACUUGAGACAAAGGUUUUUACUGAAGUGCUUGGGUUCUUCAAAAGAUGUAACUAUGUGACAUUCCACGUGGGACUGUGAUCUCCGUUUGCUUUAUGUUGUGAUGUUGUGCAGAAAACUAUAUACGGAAGCCGGAUGACACCGUUCUCAGGAAAAGAAUGUCAUCUAGUCAAAGCAGUAUUUAGAGUUCUGUUCUUCCACACAGGUCAGAGAACAGCCGCAGCAUGGAGAACCGUGUUCCCUCCUACUGUUAGGGAACGCACUGCACAAUGGUGGAUGUAAUGGUGGUUCAGUGAUCUAAGCAUAAAGCACAUUUUGAAAA